AUGCAAACACCGCUCACACACAAACUUUCACUAACCUCUUUCAACACGGAACGAAGAGAACUUCCCACUCUCGAAAAUUCCAAUCUCAUCAAUGAAAGUUCCUUUCAAAUAUUAUCAAAUUUUAUUGCAAAUUGUCCUCCGCAAACUGAGGAGAAAAUGGAUGGAUACGGAGAAGCUCUUCCGGGUGAAGGACAUGAUGCUCUCAAUUAUGGAUUGAAUGGUUGCUUGAUGAGAGUGAAUGGAGCAUUGAGAAAUUAUCAAAUUUUGAAUAAUGUUCCACUGCAAACAUUCUUUUCGUAUUACAUGUAUGAAGAUGGAAAGGAUUCGAAUGAUGAAAUUUUGAGAAAUGAUAAAGAAAUGAUUGACUUGUUCAAGGGUGGAAUUGUGGAAUAUGUGGAUUGGUUUUGUUGCUCUACCGAAACUUCACAAAGUUCAAGAAGUGAGAUUAGAAUAAGCAAGUUGAGUGGAGAUUAUUUUCAUUUCGUACAAUCAAAUGCUUUUGGCAUUGGAACUAGAACUUUUGAAACAGAUCAGUAUUUUGCCUUGCAUUUGGUGGACUCAAAGGAAACAUGUAGUACUAUUCCACUAAUUGAAUUCAAGUCAUUUUGUGGAAUACAAGAAGGUUUCGUUCAUCAAGCCAAAAUUGAAGAUAUUAGAAAGUCAUCAAAGAUUCCUUCUGAAUGGAGUAUGGAAAAGUUUGUGAGAUUUUUAAUGCUAUGCUCCAAUAGUUUACAUCACAACAUUAAAGAAUGGGAACAAGUCGAUACAUUUCAAACAAUUUUGACUGGACGAAACGUUUCGAUUAUUACUGAUCUACAAAUUGAACAGGAAACGAUCAUGAUUUAUAGAGAGGAAGAUGAUUAUUAUGAACAAUUUAGUGAGGAAGAAAGAAAUCUAGUAGGAUAUAAUUUGAAUCAUGGAAAUCUCUUUAAGGAACAACUCUCUGGUCAAUCAGUAAUCGAGAAAGUAUUAGAAACUUUUAGAAAGAAUGAAAAUUCUAACGAGUUGACCUUCUUACUGAACCUUCAACAGACCAUUCAUAAUCUCUGUGUUAAAGCCACAUUCAUUGAAAAGCCAGAUAAUUCUCCAGUAUUACAAAGAAUUUCAGGUCAACUUUACAACUUUAAAAAUUGUAAUUCGUUUGUAAUUGAAAUUGGUGAAUAUGUCAAUAAUUACAGAGCUCAUGCAGAGGCAAUUUGUAAUGUAAAUGGUAAAGAGAUUCCUCUCCAAUUAGAUAGUUCCACUGUGAAUGGUUACACAUUCGAAAGAUUUAAUUUACGAAUCAAGAAUUCUCAACAAGUUUUGAUUGAAAUUAUUCGAACUCCAGAAGUUUCGAAUAUUGAAAUAAUAGAUCCACAAUUUAAACAAGAUUUAUUGGGAGAAUUGAGUCAAGAUGUUACAGAUAUGGAAUUUGCUGGUUUACUCUAUCAUUGCCUCAAGAAAACUAAUCUUUACAUUACAUACAGUUCAUCUUUUCAUACAAGUGGAAACAAACAUGGAUAUCACGAUGUUUUUGAAGAGAAUACAAUAUUUCAAAAUCGAAAAAUGUUCUGGUAA